UAGACUGGGUAAGAUGUACAGUACCAUUCCUUGUCAUUCAUUUCAUCUCUUAUUUGUGAAUGUGGAGCUGACAGUUGGCCCUGUUUUCCCUCGGGUAAAGAGACUGUAAACAGACUUUUCAUCUCAGUGCUGCUUUAGAGAACAUUUCUAGGGUUUAAAGCCGGAACUGCCCCUUUACAGUUUCCAGCAAGCCAGAACAGCGAGAUGGAGGUAGACGAGGUGGUGUGUUUGCCACGGUUGCACCGGGUCGCUGUGUGUGGCGGUACCCAUGGCAACGAGCUGUCUGGGGUGUACUUGGUGAGAGAGCUCCUGAAGGUGGAGAAGGGCGAGGAGAAGGAGCCUCUGCCAGCGCUGCUGGUGCUGUCCAACCCGCGGGCCAUGCAGCAGUGCCGCAGAUACAUCGACACCGACCUCAACCGCUGCUUCACCCACGCCACCCUCACUGGCCCCGUGUCAGAUGCUGCCCCCUAUGAGAUGAUCCGAUCCAGAGAACUUAACGCCAAGCUGGGUCCCAAAGGAAGUCCUGAGGCGGUGGAUCUGGUUUGCGACCUCCACAACACCACUGCCAACAUGGGCCUGUGCCUCAUCGCGUACUCUGACUGCGACUGGAUCAGCCUGCACAUAUUCAAACACCUGCAGCGGCAGAUGCCAGAUAUACCAAUGAGGUACAUCCACUUUGAUGUCUCCAAUAAAGAGUCUUAUUCCCUUGAUUCAGUUGGGAAACAUGGUUUUGCCAUGGAGAUCGGCCCGCAGCCCCACGGCGUGGUGAGGUCAAACAUCUAUACGGCGAUGAAAGUUGGCGUGCAGCACAUGCUCGAUUGGGUCCGUUUCUUCAACUCAGGUACUAUUUUCGAAGGAGGAUUUGUGGAUGUGUACACCAUGAUCAACCACAUCGACUACCCAAGAGACAGUGAGACUCACAACAUCACAGCAGCCAUUCAUCCUCAGCUCCAGGACCGAGACUUCUGUCUGCUCCACCCUGAAGACCCUCUUUUCCAAACUUUCUCAGGUGAAACUCUGAGGUAUAAAGGCAACGAACCUCUCUAUCCUUUCUUCAUCAAUGAAUGUGCUUAUUACGAGAAGGGCAUCGCUCUCUCCCUGGCGAGAAAAAGGCGUGUGGUGAUUCCUGCAGUCCGGGUGCAGGCGGAACAAGAGCAACAAGCUCACAACGAAGAGGAAUUCACAUCAGAGGAAGAAGAGUGAGGAUGGACUUUUAACACACGAUGAGACUGACGUGACUGUGAAAUAAAUUU